AUGUCUGAGCCGCCUGAUCCUGUCUCGUCUACCACCUCCCAGCACUCCACGCCGGCUUCACUUUUAUCUACACCUGGUUCAUUUCCACAGUCCAAAGCAAGUCGCAUGUUCUACAGAAGGACUGGAAGGCACCCUGGUGUUCAAGAACAACAGAGUGCCCCUGCAUACGCUAAAUCCUACACCUGGAUUGCCCCGCGCCCUAUUCUACUUACGGAGCAAUCCGGGUCUUCUCAGUCGCUUUCGUCCCCCAAACCCAUAUCCAAUUGCCCCAUACAAGACGCUCGCAAGGACAGGGGGUCUUUGGAAUCAAGCUUUCGGGUGCAGAUACUUGCAAACAAACGCAGGGGGGAGAAUCCAGAUCCCUACCAGAACCUUUUGUGUUUCAUGUCGAAGACAAUUGCGGCUGGACCAAAUGGACCAAUGGCUUGGUCAUAUGGAAAUGCGACCGAGGCUGUCCCAAAAGGAGAAAGGAAUACCGUCGCUGGCUUGUUGCGCUUUUGA